GUGCUCACAGUCAGUGGAUCAGAGAACACAGCAGUUCUGCGUCUCCUCUCUUCUGUUUGCAGGGAUGGUGCAGCCUAGCAGGAUCCUCAUCAAAGGGGGUAAAGUUGUCAACGAGGACUGCUCUGUCUUUAGCGACGUCUACAUCGAAAAUGGGAAGAUAGCAGACGUCGGAUUGAAUCUCCAGGUCUCGGCUGGAGUCCGGGUCAUUGAUGCCACUGGUAAACUGGUGAUCCCAGGUGGCAUUGACACGCACACGCACAUGGAGCUGCAGUUCAUGGGCACCAAAGCCGUGGAUGAUUUUCACAUCGGGACCAAGGCUGCUCUGGCGGGGGGGACCACAAUGAUCUUGGACUUUGUCAUUCCCCAAAAGGGCAAAUCUCUCCUGGAGGCGUACGACCGCUGGCGCAAGACAGCUGAUCCCAAAGUCUGCUGCGACUACUCGCUGCAUGUGGCUGUCACAUGGUGGGGCGAGCAGGUCAAGAAAGAGAUGGAGACUCUGGCCAAAGAAAAAGGGGUGAAUUCCUUCAAGAUGUUCAUGGCUUAUAAAGACGUGUUCAUGCUUUCCGACUCGGAGCUGCAUGCUGCCUUCACUCAGUGUAAAGACAUUGGAGCUGUUGCCCAAGUGCAUGCUGAGAAUGGAGACUUGAUUGCAGAGGGGGCUAAGAAGAUGCUGUCUCUGGGCAUCACGGGGCCAGAAGGUCACGAACUGUGUCGACCGGAGGAGGUGGAGGCAGAGGCUACCCAGCGAGCCAUCACCAUUGCCCACACUGUCAACUGCCCGCUCUAUGUGGUCCAUGUUAUGAGCAAAUCUGCUGCCAAGGUGGUGUCCAGCGCCCGCAGAGAUGGUCGAGUGGUGUUUGGGGAGCCCAUUGCAGCUGGACUGGGAACAGAUGGAACCCACUACUGGCAUAAAGAGUGGGCUCAUGCUGCUGGAUUUGUCAUGGGACCCCCUCUCAGACCUGACCCCAGCACCCCUGAUUACCUCAUGGAUCUGCUGGCAAAUGACGAUCUGAGCGUGACGGGGACGGACAACUGCACCUUCUCUGUGUGCCAGAAGGCUCUGGGCAAAGAUGACUUCACCAAAAUCCCCAACGGCGUGAACGGCGUGGAGGACAGAAUGUCUGUCAUCUGGGAGAAAGGAGUGCACAGCGGCAAAAUGGAUGAGAACCGAUUUGUGGCCGUCACCAGCAGCACUGCAGCAAAAAUCUUCAACUUGUAUCCGCAGAAGGGCCGUAUCGCCAAAAACUCAGAUGCUGAUGUGGUCAUAUGGGACCCCAAGUCAACACGGAUAAUCUCAGCCAAGACGCACCACCAGGCUGUGGACUACAACAUCUUUGAGGGCAUGAAGUGCCACGGCGUUCCGGCUGUCACCAUCUCCAGAGGCAUAGUGGUGUAUGAGCACGGGAAGCUGCAGGUGUCACCCGGCCACGGCCGAUUCAUUCCGAGAGAGCCCAUGUCUGAGUUUGUCUACAAAAGAAUCAAGCAAAGGGAUCAGGUUGGGAGGCCUACAGCCGUGAUCAGAGAUCCCUACAAAGGCAGCAUUGUUUCCCUGUGAGCACCUGACUGAGAACAUCACAGCAUCUUUGCAUUUGCUGCUCAACUCGGAGACGACCAACGCCGUUCUGAAGUCUUCUGACAGAUAAGCGUCCUCUGAUAGGAUGUUGAAACGUGUUUGCAUGCCUCCAGGUCAUUUCUUGUGUCUGUACAGGUCAGUAAAAUCCAUCCAGCUGUGAACAAUUGCUAAGUGUCUAACAUAUGGAUUCAAAUUGAAUAAAUCUUUUAUCACAGUGUUAAUGAUAGAAAAUCUGAUUUCUCAUUUGUAAAUAGUGUCUUAACUGUAAUAAAAAGAAUAGCAGAGUCUACA